CUUCUACACUCGGAUGUGACCGGUUGUAUAGCUUAUUUAUCGAAGAACUUUCACGGGGGUUAAACAGCACUAAAUUUACCCAAGGGGAAGAAACUGAGAUAGACAAAGGAAGAGAGAGAGAGAGAGAGAGAGAGAGAGAGAAGAAACAACGUAGCGACUUAAUUGUUCGAGUUUGCUUCUGCCCUAUUGAUUGGUUAACGGUGAUUUGUGACGUUUUAUGUUCAAAAUAAAUCUGAGCGUUUCUAUUUUUUUUUUUUUUCAUUACAAUUCCAUCCUCGUUUCAUUACCAUUUUAUUACAUAUAAUUAUUCAAUAUAAUUAUACAAUAGUGCUGGGCCAACUCCAAGACAUCUGCUUGACAUCUGUUCUGCAAACGUGGAACAACAGAGAAUCUCCGUCGACGUGAUCAAGACUAUCCCAUAUCCUGAUUCUAGUAAACCUACGCGAGUAUGUCUGUUAAGGGUAGUACUGAAGGGGUGAGACAGCUGAGGGUUACAUCAGGAGCCCGGCUGUCCCUAGCCUUAUUGUCCCAUUUACACUGGGAUGUUAUAUCCAAAGUUCCGCUUCUUAUACAGUCGCUACUACGCCCAUAUAGUUCGGUCAGUUCAAUAAAAUGGCUGCUUGUAAGAAACUCUAGAAAGGUUUUCUUCUUUUUUUCUCUUCUCUUCUCUUGCCUCUAUAGGCAUUUAAGAUUGAUUCAUUAGAAUUAUUGCAUUUUAUGGUAUUUAUAUGUCUGUACAGUGUUUCCUUAUCGUUAUGUACAUAUAUCUCCACAUCUGUAAACAAAGAGAAUACUGUCUUACAGGGGUGAAGAUAGUCAGAAAGCGUUUAUCGAAAAAGAGAAAAUGAACGAGACUGUUGAAGGGACAGUGGAAUCGGAUGAAAGAAGCAAAGGAGGACGAAAUGGGCCAUGUGCGAUUCUUUACGGAUCUAAUUGAGCGCAGAGAUAACAGGCCGGAUUCCACUGGGUAAUAAUACAUCUUCGCUUUGGCUUCGUUCUAAUGGCCAAACUAAUAGCUGCUGGUACCUUAACGUCCCUUAAAGGAUACUGUGAGUCACUGGUUACUUAUGUGACAAGUCCAAUCACUGCCGUCCAAUGAGGGGUAGUUUUUUUGCAUGCAUCCUGGGAGAACCCCGGAGAGAGUCAUUCGAUAGAGUCGGCGCCCUAAAUGCACGGGGUGCAGGAAAGCGACCCCCCCAAAAAAGCAGUACUGGAUGGCACGGAGUUGCAGCCAAAAGAGAAUCUAGAGGAUUUUACCGAGAGGAAAAAAAAAUCGUAUUCGAAUUCCUCGAGAGGGUCGAGUACUUUGGUAGAUCAUCCCCCGGAGUUAUGUUCCCGGGGAACCAUAAACAAUAAGUAAACGAUGGGUUAUUAUGUUGCAGGGAGUAAAACGACAGUCAAGGGAAGGAGCCCGUCUGCAGAGAUACGAUAAUCCCGUUACAAGGAGGAUGCUGCUGGUCCACUCGAAGGAGUUUCGGCGGUCAUCAUCAAACGAAGAAAACAUUUCCAAUCGAAGCGGCACGAAGAUUAAUUUCAAUUUCAAACGCACCAAGACGCGGACACGCUUCGCCGAUCACGAAUGCCUCUAAAAUUGAACGGAUUCAGGAUGCUGUGAUCCUCCUUAGAGCAGAAUCACUUUACUACAUAAAUCACUCUCUAUGGAACGAUUUUUAUACAGAUACGUGUCACGUAUUGCACCCGACACAAAGAACCUACCCAACAGAGUUCAAUAAGACUCUACCGCCCAUGAGACAAAUGGCACGUGGCCCGCAUGGGACAGAAAUCGAAGAAUAUUCAGCACCGAAUUCGCAAGAAAUUAGGCGUGAAAUGCGCCAUGUGCUUCGAAUAUUUCUGCCUCCGAUUCCAGCCGCACGUUUAGACAAUUCUUGGUGCUACCGGAAACCCGCUUCACCAUCUCACGUAAAUCGCUUCCUGGUCAAGCGUUUGAUCUAUAUUCUUACAUACGUGCAUCUAUCCCUAUGCAAACUCGGAGAACUGAUCUUCCCACGGGUUGAGACUAUAAAGUGGAUUGAUGCCAGACAGAAAGUAACAAGAAGGCAGUAUCGUGCGUCUAACCUGGCUGUGAAAAGAGUGUCAAUCUCAAUAAACUGGACUAUACGAUCGAGACGUGUGUAAGCGAGGAAUACACUGACGUAGUUACAACUGCAGGAGGCAAUGCCGACGAAGAAGCGGCCGCCAUUGUCUGUCCUGGGACCACGGAGCCCACGAAAAGUCCACACAUUAACAAGUCGCGCUUGACCAUACGUUCACCGUACCUCCAAUGUUCCCUCUCGCCUUUUGUAUUCCGGUACAACGUAGCACUGAGUUCGCGUAAAAUACGAGAAAACUUAUUUGUCGUAUAAAAUUUGGCUGCUACGCACUGUGUUAAGGCGUUAAGGGACAAUUGAUUGUCUCUUAGGAUCAUAAGUGUAUAAUAUAUAAUAACUGAAGUAUAUAGUUGAUCGGUAACAGAGUAUGUACAAAUCUAAACGUACACGAUACGGUGGGCAUACGGUUAAGUACCAGAAGAAGAAUUGGAUGAAAAUUUGGAAAAAUCAAGCGAAAGAAUUUUGUCUGGCUACUGGAAUUCAUGGAUACAAAUACAUAGCUCAGGAUCAUAGAUCAAAAAUCGAAAGAAUUUUAUGGGGCAUUGUGGUACUGGCACUCCUAAUAUGUGCGUUGAUACUGAUGAAAAUGACUUGGGAUUAUUAUUCAGAACAUUCGACUCUCACUGUCCUCGAAUCCACUCACUAUGGAAUUUGGAAUUAUCCAUUUCCCGCUGUGACUGUAUGUAACAUUAAUCGCGUGUCGCGUUCGCUAGCUACGAGGUUUAUCGAAACACUAAACGCACUGGACAACAAUACGAUAGAUAUCGAUGUCAACGACAUGAGGCUCUUAAACGAGUUAUUAGAUCCAGGCGUUUUUGGUUAUGACGUCACGAAAAAUUUAUCGCGAUUACAAGAUUAUUUUGAUAUGAAUAACUUCAGUAUUAUCGAAGUACUGUCUAAGGUUACGCCAAGAUGUGAUCGUUUGUUAUCAAAAUGCGCUUGGAACAGCGAAUUCAAAGAUUGUGAUACGAUGUUCCAGCCAGCUCGUUCUCGCGAUGGAUUUUGUUGCAGCUUCAAUUAUGUUAACCAAAAAUCUAUAGAUUCUACAAAGCCUCGGAAUAAGAUUUUUAGAUCUGACCGAGUAACCGGUUGUGGCUAUCAGACAGGAUUGACAAUUAUGGUAAAUCCUGAACCCGAGGACUAUUUUGCAGCUAUCAUAAGCUCUUAUGGUGUAAAAGUUAUGAUACACCAUCCCUUAGACUAUCCAGAUUACAAUGCUGAAAGUAAAUUUGUGGGCGUCGGUCUUCAAACUUUCUUGAACAUCGCUCCACAAGAGACGUACUCGACUGAGGGAGUGAAAGAGUUUUCCAUAUCCGCAAGAAAUUGUCUCCUUCCGAAUGAACGUGAAAGAGAAGAAGGCGUACUGCCAUACCGAAAUCUCAGUGCACUUAAACCAUCUUAUAUAAAUUGUCUGAUAGAAUGUCGCGCCACGAUAAUUCGAGAAAAGUGCGGCUGCAUUCCAUACUAUUACAAGCAGAAUGUUACGAAGGUAUGUGAUUUGAAGGAUGUCAAAUGUUUAAAAGGGAACAAGUAUUUGUAUCAAACUUUGUGGCCUGGCAUAAAUGUAUUAGAUCCUACGUUUAUACCAGAUGAAGAUACAACUCCUUGUAGCUGUAUGCCUGAUUGUGAGUAUUAUGUUUAUCCAACGGAAAGCUCACAGGGUGUUAUCGACCGAAGUAACUUUUCUCCUAACAGUGCCUUUUUCACAAACUCAACAUCUUCGAAUCUAAGUGUAAUACAUAUAUUCUUUGGUGAUUUGGUAUCGAUCCGUUAUCGCCGUGACGCGUAUCACAAUUGGCAUAAUCUCUUUGCUUCGUUUGGAGGACUGCUAGGUCUUUUUGCAGGAUUUAGUUUUAUGUCUGUUUUUGAAUUUAUAUAUUUCUUUGUGAUUCGAGUUGUUGCGGGUGUCAAUAGAAACAGAAAAAAAGAUAAUUUCACGUUAUAAUCUUAUAUUUUCAGGAAGAUAUAGUAUCAUAAACGACACUGGUAUAAAACAUAGAUAUGUGAUUUAGUUUAUUUAUUCACUAAAUUUACGGAACCCGUCACCUUGACGGAUUUCAAAUUUUAUGUUUAACCCUUAUACUCCACACUGAUACAAAUUGCGAAUUUGCAGCCAGUGUAGAAUUUAUGCGUUAAAGUUAUCGAAAUUACACAUAUAAUUUUUUAGCAAUUACGUUGACUUCAAUAAUCAAUGUCCGUAAAUCUAAUUUUAGACCGGCACAAAAGAUAUACACAUAAAUAUAUUAAUAAUAUUGUC